CGUCCUCACGGGACGUCCGUAUCCGACCUUCGACGCCACAAUGGCGGACGUUCCGGUCGCCCGUCGCGGACGUCCGACCGGACGUCCGCCAUUGGAGAUGCUCUUAGCAUUUUAAAUUACGGCUGUUGAUCCUCCUGUUUUGGCUUGGAUUGGCGUAAUCGUAACUGGCUUAUUGAUUCUAAUGAUCAGGUACACCAACGGUUUUGCCCAAAUUCCUGAAAACACCGUCAAAAAUCAAUUUUUAACAACUUUGUAAUUUUAGGAAAAAUAACCUAAAUUUUAAGAGUAAUUCCAACUAAUUCAUGUAAAUUAGAACGAAACUGAAAAGCGCGGGAAACAAAAGGGGCUUUAGGGUUUUUUUAACGAUAGUGUAGAGUGAAAGCGAUCGUUGUUUCCUUUUGCUCUUCGAUGGACGGCAAAGAUGAACGAUCAUCGGAGAUGGUGGCGCCGAUCGCCGUCGAUCUGAGCAGAGGCGGUGCCGCGGCGAACCUGACGGGGAAGGUGCAUCAGCUGCCGUGCUGCAUCAAGCACGAUGGCCCCACCCCUGUCUCUCACUACUUCAAGCCCAAACCCACUGAAAUGGAGGUAGAUGGGCUAAAAGUGGAAGAAGCGCACUUCCGAGGGAGGAAAUUGCACGGAACCACUGUUGCUCUUCCAAGUGGCUAUUCUGGCUUCAUCCUAGGAAAGAAAGGUCAUGAUCAAGGGAAUGAUGGCACGAAUUUGCACUGCUGGGAGACAGCUGCGACUUUUGAAGAUAUCACGAUCUGGAAUCAUGACGCGAUCCCCUCAAAAGAUGAUGCAUUCUUGCGCGCCUUUCAUUGGUUCACCGCUGCCAAUGCUCUGCAUCAAACUGUAACUGCUGAAGAUCUGGAAUCCGCGUGCAUUGACUAGGAGCUGGUUUGAUUUUUCUUAGCUAAAUAUAGAUUAUGGUGACAACUUGACUAGGCAGGUAUGUGCUUUCAAUUUGUCUAUGUCUUACAAUAUACACAAUAUGAUUCUCCAUCAAUAAUUUCUCUGUUAAGUAUGGCUUGAUUCUCUUUCUUUUUCUUUUGCUUUUUGAAUAAAUAAGUGUUUUAAGUUAUGCUUUCCACCAGUAAGACAAGUGGACCUACUAGCGCGAAAAUUUGAAUGGAAAGUAGUCGAAGUCUGCGGUUUAUAGCUCUAGAAGAAAUAGUGGCCGGCUCUUUAGUAUAGAUGCAUUAAGCUUACUGCUCCACUACGUUUAUUUAUUCUCAAUUCCUUUGAAGCAUAUCUUAAAUUGUUUAUCUUGUGUAGAAAUACUUGUGACUUGAUGCAAUGGAUGAAGCUACUUUGAUCAAAAUACUAUAAUCAGCAUCUAUAGGCUGUGUGUGUGUAGGAGAUGAAUGUGUGGGGGUUUGUUGGUGGUGGGGUUGAGACGAGGAGAUCCUCUGUUCGAAAAUCUCAUUCCGUCUCCUCUUCCAACUACAGGAUUCCCGCUGUGUAUUUAAAAUUAUCCUUACAUUUUGCUCGUAGUUUUGGAAGGCCGACAGUUGGAGUAGGAGAUUCCUUUAACUAUAAAGUUGUAUGAUGAUAGCGAUUUGUGUAAUUUUAUUUACUCCAUAAUUUAUACAGAUUUUAAAUGUCCGGGCUGACAAUUUGAUUUAAACGUGAUGAUUCAGUUUGUUAGUUUAUUUUGUGGACCCAAGCUUUACAGAACUCAAUUGUUAUCAUGUACAGUGAAAAUUUGGACGAUUUGAAUGCAUUUUAGCAGAUUUCAUUA